AUGGACGGCCCUAUUGAUCCCGAGACCAUCUACACCAAGCAAUCGUGCAUAGGUGAGAACAAACCCGCUAUCACAGCGCGGGGGAACUUGUAUGCACAUGCUAAGCUAACGAAAAUUCAACCAGGCGGGGGAAGCUUUGGUAGAGUCUACAAAGGGGUAGACCUCCGCACAGGAGAGUCGGUCGCAAUCAAGAUCAUCGAUGUCGAAAGUGCCGAAGAUGACGUCGACGAUAUCAUUCAAGAGAUCGCAAUCCUGUCUGAGCUCCAGUCUCCGUAUGUGACAAAGUAUCAUGGCUCUUUCUUGAAGGGAUCACAUCUUUGGAUUGUGAUGGAAUAUUGCUCAGGCGGUAGCUGUCACGAUCUAUUGCGGCCAGGAGCGAUUCAUGAGGAAUACAUUGCGAUCAUCCUACGUGAGCUCUUGAAGGGACUAGACUAUCUUCACAGUGACCAAAAGCUCCAUCGUGACAUCAAAGCGGCUAAUGUCCUCCUCAGUGCCAGUGGUCAGGUAAAACUGGCUGACUUUGGUGUCUCUGGCCAAUUGUCCGCAACGAUGACCAAGAAAAACACCUUCGUCGGCACGCCUUUCUGGAUGGCACCCGAGGUUAUUAAACAGUCUGGAUAUGACUACAAAGCAGAUAUCUGGUCAUUGGGAAUCACUGCCAUCGAACUGGCUCUCGGCGAUCCCCCCUACGCGGACAUCCACCCGAUGAAGGUGUUAUUUCUGAUCCCAAAGAAUCCUCCACCAACAUUGAAUGGAGAUUUUUCAAGACCUUUCAAACAGUUUGUAGAGCUUUGUCUACGACGAGAUCCCAGGGAGCGCCCCACUGCGAAGGAGCUGCUUGAGCAUCCGUUCAUCAAGCGAGCCAAGAGGACAACUUACCUGACGGAAUUGAUCGAGCGGUCAGAGCGAUGGCAAGCUACUCACAGGUAUGGUGACGAGGACCAAGAAUACUAUGAUGAGGAAGAAGAACCCGUGAAACCACGCGCUCAUGAGAACGAAGACCUGUGGGACUUUGGAACAGUCCGUCCAGCUGGAAAGAGCGUCGCUCUUCCUUUGCAGUCUCUGAAAGAAGCCGCCACCAACACUCGGUCCCAAGACAAAGAUGACUGGGACCUGGGAGAGAAUUCGACUAGAUCAGGAAAUUCAACUCCACAGCCGAAACAACAUGCCAACUCUGCAAUCAACGUUUCACCAUCCAAACACCCUCUUCCCCCUUCUCUAACCUCUUCCCCUUCCAAAAAUGCCCCUUCCGCGCAAUCAGGUGCAUCGUCCCCACAUAUGCGGACUUCUCAAUCUCCUGUCAAGUCAGCCCAUACUGAGGAAGCGUCUCCUUCAAAGGCCAGCCGAGGACAGUCCAAGCAGUCUAACAUGGGCUAUCUCCAAGACGCCACGGCCCCUAAACAUUCCCCCACGGCAGCGAAAACGCAUGCUGCAAGACCGAACAGUUCUCUCAAAAAUACAACCUUGGAGCCACCACGCUCGCCAACCAACCUGGUGAAGAAAAAACCAGCGCCGCAGCAACGUCCACUCCCCGAAACCCCUCCUAGCCCAGUGUUGACUAGACCAUCUUCUCAUAUCAAUUCGCAAAAACAAACGGACGGACCAUCCUCACCAUACCCCACAACAGGACUCAAGUCCAAGCUCGCAGCGUCUCGCACAGAUGAGCGAUCUUCAAGAAAGCCGACUCCAACCCAGAUGCAAGAUCGCUCGAGACAGUCCUCUCGUACGAGUCAACCUCAACCAGAGCACGAAGAACCAACAGCCUACGGCUCGGUCAUCAUUCCCGCUUUACGGGCCGCGAUGAAUCGACGCGGGCGGCAGCUAGCUCGACUCGAGCCGGGUCGCAAUCGAGGAGAUAGGGAGGUUAGCUUGGAGCAGAUGCAAGAAUGGGAACGCGGCGUGCAAAUUCACCGCGGCAUGGAGCAGAUGGCGGAUAGCAUUGCACAGUCCUUUGCCAACAUUCAUCUCUGGGACAUGGAGGCCCCGGUGUCGAUGGGCGGAGGCGUUGACGCCGUGCUUGAUGUUUUUCUUGAAGAAAUUCUUGUUCGGCUACAGCCGCAGACACAAUGA